GGCCGUGUCUGCUCAGGGCCAGCUGUAAUUUGAUUAAUCCUCCGAAAGGGUAGCCAGACGAAUAUUGGUGGAUUCUGCAGAGAGGGGACUGCAUCAGGUUUUGAAGAAAUGGAGACACUUGUCUUUUUAUUUUCGUUUACUGCCAUUGGGGUGCUUUAUGCCAUGAACACCAUCCCCGAGUUUCAAGAGCCGUACGUGAUCCUGGGAAUCGGCGUUGCCGUGCUGGUGGUGGUGUUUUUGUUCUACUUCCUCAUCACUCGUGGCAACCGACCUAAAGACCUCUUGUUCUUUGUUUUUGCUGAAUUUUGCUUCACUUGUGUCAUUGACCUGAUAAGUGCCUUGGAGUACGAUGGCAUUAUUUCUGGCUUUAUGGAGUUCUACCAGAAGACAGGGGAGCCCUACUUGGGAACAUCGUAUGCCAUCAUGAUGUGCUACUGGGAUGGAAUAGCUCACUUUGUCAUGUAUCUGAUGAUGAUCAGCAAAAUAACCGACAGGAAAGCCUACCGCUCGCUGGGAUUGGUCUGGGCCGGUUCUUUGUGCGCCAACAUGAGUGUGUUUAUUUGUGGAAUAGUGGCAGGUAAAUAUGGAUCGGAGGUACGUCCAGCCUUCUGGCUCAAUUUCCUCUUUCUUCUCAUGCCGGUAUGGGGAGCCGUCACACUAUUCACUCGGCCCAAGGACAGGCCACUCAUCGGUGGAUACAAUGCUCAGCAAGCUCAGAGCAUGAAGCUGAUCUGGCGCCCCAUGGAUUUGGUCCUGGUGCUGCUCCUCUUAGCUGCCAUGACCUUCACCAUCCUCAGAGGGCUGGUGGCUCUGGACUCCCCACUCGAAGCCUGUGCCAUAUAUCUGAAGCACUAUGAGCCCUACCUGAAGGAUCCCGUGGGCUUCCCCAGAGUCAUGAUGCUGCACUUUUUAUUUUAUGGACUUCCCUUGCUGGGUGCAUUUGUUUAUGGCCUGCUCAGGCCCGGGUGCACUUGGAUGGCAGAUUGGACGGUUUUCUUUGCAGGAGCCAUGAUCCAGUGCCAGUGGUCCCAUAUUGGAGGGUCCCUCCACUCUCGCACCACCGCUCCGUUUCGCAUCCCGCAUGAUGUUUUCUGGUCGGUGUUGGCGGCAAACUUGCUCUAUGCAGUCACUCCCAUCCUGGUGGCCAUGCGGGUUCGCAACAACCCCUACUUUUUCCUGAAAAUCUCCUACUUUCCUGGGCAGACAGGAUUACCAAACAGUGAAGAGAAAGAUACCAAGUAUAAAGAUAAAUGA